CCAACCCCUUAACGUUCUAUGAUUCUAAAGACCUCAGACUAUGCAGUCAAAGGUAACCCUUCAUUCAGGGUCCCCCCUUUGAGGCUGUCUGGCCUUUUUCGCUGUUAAGAGACUGUUUCACAUCACCCUUCUCACUCUCCCUAACUCCCUGUGCAGAUGACCAUUUCUGCCGCUUGAGAUGCCGGUGUCAGAAGCGCACGGGGUCGGGGGAGCGAGGCCCGUGCGCGCACGGACAGCGCGGUAUUUGCUGCGACUCUGUGGUGCUGGCGGGCCCGGCGCCGCCCCAAGGGCAGCGAAGCCGCGCCACAAGAUGGCGGCGGCAGGGGAGGAGGGCGGGCGGCCGCCCGAGGAAGCGCCGGGGGAGCGGAGCGGCCGCACCCUGGAGGGCCCGGGGAGGGCCGGCAGCAACACGGACAGCGACGAGACUGUGGUGGAGGGCUCUGUGACGGAGAGUGAUGUGGAGGAGGAAGAGGAGUUCUGUAGGAGGAGGUGGUUGGCUUAUCUUAACAAGGACAUUGCUUUAACAACUGAGAUAAGUGUUAAUAAAGGAACUUUUUCUCCAGAAAUCUCUUUUAUACGGAAAUUUGGUGACCACACAUAUUAUCACAGGACAGAACAGAUAAAUCCAGUACUUCAAGAGGCAUCCACAUCUGAGCAGUCUCAGUCCCUGCUGAAGGGUUGGAUAAACCAUUCAUCAUCUACUGAAAAUAUUUCUAAGCCUGGUUUUUUAUUAAAUUCUGCAGCAGAAGAACCGCAAAAUAAUUCUGUAGAUAUCAAAUUGAAUGGAUUUCAGAAGGAUGCAGAAGAAAAGCCUGUGGCUGGUCAGCAGAAAGAGAAAGAAGUAAUUUCGGAUUACUUGGAUGCCACCUUUAGUGAAAAACAAACUAGUGAGGGACAUUCAUGUUCAGUGGAGCCUGCAGCAUGUGCAGAGCCAGCCCAAACCAUAUCAAGUAAAAUUCAGAAAUCUACUUCUGAAGACAAGCAGGAUCUAGAAACCAUCAUAUGGCAUGAAUUAAUUCUGAAUGAGUUUGCAGAAGCUAAUCAGAGGAGAAGGAGCAAGAGAAUUGACAACAAACGGAGACUAGAAGCCUUUGGUAGGAAUUCUGUAAAUCCAACUCGAGCCCUUUCACUUUCAACAAUCCACAGGAGGAAUGUCUAUGGUGAGAACUUACUGCAUAGAGCUGUUAUUCACCAAGACAUAAACCUUGUACGUAGGAUAAUACAAGCUGGUGGAAGUGUAAAUGCUCAGGAUUAUGCUGGCUUGACAGCACUACAUAUAGCAAGUGUGGAAGGUUCUUACAGAAUAGCCAAUCUGCUUUUGAAAGCAGGAGCUGAUGUUAAUGCUACACAAAAUGAACAAAUAACACCCUUGCAAGAUGCAGUUAAAGAAGGCCAUUAUGAGGUAGCAAACUUAUUACUUUGGUAUGGAGCUGAUCCCUUAUUAAAAGAUCAGAUGGGAAGGUGUGCAUUAGAAGAAGCCUCUGACCCAUCUAUGAUGAAACUUCUUAAAAGUUAUGUAGCAAAAUCCAGAAGAUGCUCAGUAGCAGGUGGAACUGUUUCAAAGAACAUGUUAAAUAGUCAGUGUGUAGAAGAUACAAACCAGCACCAGACAGAGGAGUCAGAACCAGCAUGUGCAAAUCCUCAGGCAAGCCAAAAAGCGAAGGCAGCCCCAUAUUCCAGCAGCAGCAAGAACAAGCUUCCAUCUAAUCAAUCACAAUUGAGUCAAGCAUCAGAGCAGCAAACAUCUAAGAAGCCAGAAUCUACCAGGAAAGAAACUGUAAUUGUACAUGGUACCUGUAAGACAAGACCUGUGAGAAAGACGAAAAUUAGGAAAAAUGCAAAAGGGGAAACUCAGCUGCAUAUUGCUGCUAAGAGAGGAAAUCUGUCUUUGGUGAAGACUCUAAUAUCAUCUGGAAUUUGUGUCAAUGAACAGGAUUAUGCAGGUUGGACAGCAAUUCAUGAAGCCUCCAACAGAGGAUUUACUGAUGUAAUCUUAGAACUACUGAAAGCGGGUGCUGAUGUUAACAGCAGAAGUCUCUGUGGUGUUCUACCAAUACACGAUGCUGUUUCUGGCAAUUAUUUGGAGGCAGUCAAGAUUCUGCUGCAACAUGGAGCAGAUCCCAAUGAGAGGAAUGGUUCAGGAGAAAGUGCUUUCAAUCAAGCUUGUGAUGAAGAAAUGAAAGAAUUGCUGAAGUCGUAUGGUGCUGUAGACUCUGUACUUCCUAUUCAAACUGUUGAAGUUACUGAGGGGAAAUCAAAACGUCGUUGUCAUGACUGCUGUAAAUAUGAUGAUGCAGCUUUGGAGUCAGAACAGGAGAAAUACAACGUGGAAUCUCUUGCUGCUGUACAGGAUACAGUAAAGAAGCAGGAAGAACUGUUGCUAUUUGAGUUGAGAACUUCCAAAGAUGCAGAUGUGUACAUCCAAAGGCUGUCUCAGAUACAAGAUACUUUAGAUGAAAUACUUGCAAAACAGAAAACAGAGAGGGAUAUGCUUGCUAAAAAAUACAGGGCCUCCCUGCUCUCAGCGGAGUCAACAAUUCCCAGUUUCGUAUUGUUAGCCAACUUGCCUAGUAUCCCUUCCACUUCUGCAUACAAGUCAUUAGUGAAGAUGCUGAGGAGCACAGAUCCAAGGACUUCAGUGGAAUCAUUUAAAAGACGUGCACUAAGGAAACAAUUAGUUAAACUUGCUUCUAGGCAAAAGAGCCUGUUGAUUGUUACCCAAAACCAGGAAAUAUUAGUGCAGAAAAUACAAAAUUGCAGGAAAACAAAGCAAAUGUUCAAUUCAUCAGCAGAGAAGCAAAUCUCAAACUUAGAUAUUUUUCAUGGAAGUGAUACAAGACAAAGUUUGACUGCUAAUGAAAUCAUGUGUCCUAAUACGAUAGCAUUGAAUACGGGGCUUGGUGCCAGUGCACCUAAUGGAAACAGAGUAGAAGCACACGUCUCUUUGGAAAAUAGAUUUUCAACUCAGGAAUUCAUCCAGCACCCACACAGCUGCUUGGAUGAGACAGAAGCAAGUAAAGAAGCAAUUACAAGCAAAGAGGCCUCUGAUCAUGCUUUGGCAUCUGAAAACAGGGUAAGAGAAUACCCCUUUGACAACAUGUCAAAGCUGACAAGUGCUGCAGAAGUGAUGACACUGCCUUCAGAACCUACUAUUUCCACUGCUAAAACUAAGUGCUCACAGCAAAAAGACAUUGAUUGUGUAGCAAUUGUAGGACAAAGAAACAAGUCUUUAAAUCCCACUUCAAUGACCAACACAUUAAAUAUUGUAGAACCCCGAAGCACUGUUGUCAAUAGAAAUGUCUAUCAGACAACCAGUGACUGCAAGCAGGUUCUUUCACAUGAGGAUCUGCAGAGAUAUGUGAAUAAGAAAGAAGCUUUCCAACAGCAGCCACAGCAAGCAACUUUGUUAGCAUCUACAAAGAAUUUCGCUAAUACUUCGCAGCAAAUGGUCUUGCGAAGUAGUGAGAAUUCAUUUAAUGCCAACCUGAUGCUUAGUAAUCUUACCUUAAAUACAGACUCUCCAGCAAAUAUCAGUGAGAAAUCUUCACAGAGUUAUGGUAAUCAGGAAUGGGAACAAAAACAAGUGAGAUAUAGAUGGAAGAGUAAGAAAAAGCAUCAGUUGAUAGAUCUGCUUGAGUUGGGAAUGAUAAAGCCUGGAGAAAAUGUUUUAGAAUUCAAACUGCAGGAAUUUAGUCAUAAAGCUACACUCUUAAAGAAUGGCAAGAUCAGAACCAGUAAAGGACAAGUACUACAGAAUCCAGUUCAGUGGGUUAAAGAUCUACUAGGAAGUGAUAUUUCUGUGACAUGGAAGUAUGUGUGGAAUAAGGUUACAUAUCUUGGGACAGAAUUGUCAAAAUUUAGUGUCAGUGAGGUGUCAGUUUCCAGUGACCUGGAGUUGCCAACACAGAAAGGAAACCCUUCCGGCUCUUCUGUCCAAUUCAACUCAGUGGAAAGCCUGACACAUUUUCUUCAAUUCCAUGAGAUAGUAAUGCCACAUAAAGAGGAGUUUCUACCUUGCUCUGCAAUGGAAAAGCACUGGAGUUUCUACAAAGAAUGCAAAGAUUUUGGAUUCUAAAGACUUCUAUAGUGCUAAUGCUUUUUUCUUUGCCAUCACUUAAAAGUAAACAUGUGAGCUUUUAGAACUAAGUACUUAGCUACUGUCAUUUUGAUAAAUCAUUUGUCCAGCACCUGGGAUAAUGGAAAGAUUGUUUGGGUAAGUGAGGAACAGGGAAGUACUUAGUAGCAGGCAAGGAUAACUGUCAAUAUUUAUUUUCUGCUGCAAGAUUAAGAAAUGGGGAAGUAGAUAGGACUUACACACUGAUGCUCAUUGUGAAUUAUAUUCCAGGUUGAUUACUUGGUAUGAGCUUUUAAGUUUUAAUUUAAGAUUAAAGUAACUGCCCGUGCUUGACGGGGCAGGACAGAAGCAGACAGACAUCAACACUCACAGUCACUUCUUAUACCUAAACCUGGAACUGCUGUGGCUGAGCAUUUGCUAUCAGAAAUAGCAAUGCCUGUUUGUGUAAUAACAACAUUUAGUUAGGUUAGGCAAAAAAUCAAGAUCAGCAGCCCUGAGAAUCAUCAUCAGCUUUGCUUUAUGUGGCAUAUGUAUGUUAACAUUUGAGAAAGGGAGCAGGUGCUCAGAGAGGUUGAAAGAGGAAUCUUAGCUGUUGGAAAUGCUCAGGAAAAUUCCAUUCAAGUUCCAGCCAAAUCUCUCUGAUAGGCAGAGAAAAAUGUGCUGGCAUGUGACAGGAAAUGCAAUUAGCCUGUUUGCAGAACACAAUUUUUCCAGGUAACAGCAUCUUAGAUAUUCAUCCCAAUCUCUGGAGGGUUUCUAUUUGUUUUAAUUUUACAAUGUUUGAAUCUACUUUAGCAGCAUAUUUGUGACACAUUGACUGUUAAGAGAGUUAUCUGCAUUCAAGUGGUGUUCUUGCUCUUUCAUUCUUUGGAUUGUAAGAAGAGAUGGAAUAACAGUACCUGUUACUCCUAACUCCAGUGAAUAGGAUGAGAAGUAUCUCCUGUUAAUACAUAUUGUCAGCAAGCUAUUUGGAGUGUGAAGAGCUCUUCUGCAAAGAUCUGAUUAGUGUCUUAAACAGAAGUUGGUUUAGGGAAGUGAGAGAGGUCUGAUGUUCGGAGAGCUAGUACAGUGCCCUAGGAUGCAUGAGCAAUCACAGCCUGAUGGGCUGAAAGAAUAAAGACAUGCCAAUGGCCUGGAAGUCAAAAAAGGUAAGAGCUGCUGAAUGACAGGUAUUUUGUAAAGUCAGUUUCACAAAGAAAGAAAAUGGAGUGUUCUCACAACUGCAGCAGCAAAACAAACCUGAAGGCAUAUUGUUUCAAAGGAAGUGCUCAUUUACUUUCACUGAAAAGUAAAAGGUAUUUGACUGUUAAAAUUACCUCUGAAUUACAUGUUUGUUUGUCAUUUUUUCUUUGUUGCAAGAUGUCUAAUAAAAUUAAUGUACAAAACUUGACA